GCUGCCUGUCUCUCCCUCUGGUCUUUGGUUUUCCCAGCAGCGAGAAGCAAAAAUGCCCAGUAAGAGGAAGAAGAACAAGCGACGCAUGAGGAGAGUGCAGGCGCAGAGGAGAGCUCUGGAGGAUCAGCAUGCAGCCAAUCCACCAAUCAAAGCAGGCCCGGGGAUCGCAGCGAGCACGCCCCCGACAGCGCCCAAGAAAGCAGCUAAAACUGAAAAAAAGAUCCAACGGGCCGUUCCCGUAGUUGCCCCCAUUGUGCAGAUUGCCAAAGCAGAACCAGAGUUGGUUGUGAAAGAACCAGAACCUGUUCCCGUUCAGGCAGCAGAGGCGGAACCUGAGGGUUUGGACCAGGCUCCUGCAGAGGUGAAGGCUGAGCCCGCGGCCCCUUCAGACUUUGAGGUGGAAGCCAGAUCAGGUGUCCCUGAAGAGCCACCAGUGGAAUGGACUCCACCAGUAGAGCCCUCUACAGGUCAAACUGGUGUAUUACAGGAGGUUAAUGUUCCCCAAACUGAAGCAGUAUCUGAGAUCAAACCUCCAGAUGAGGCUGCAGUAGGACUUCCUGCAGUGACUGAAACAAUUGAAGCUGUUACAACAGAAACAGAGGCUGAACAGUCACAUGGAGUCUGUGAGCCAGAGGCUGAGGAGGGAGCCGAGACCUUCACGGAGGAAAAUCUGGAGGUUAGGGUGGAGGUGGAGGAGGACGUCACAGAUUUCUGUGUAGCGGAGCCGGGAAYGGAGGCCGCCAAAGAACCAGCGGCAGAAGACUUCAGCAGUGACCACGUUUCUGCCCGAGCAGAAACUGAAGCGAUCACAGAGACGCUGAAACCAGAAGAGUCCACGGAGUCGAUCGGUCCUGCAGCUUCAGCUUCAGCUCAGGAGGGAGAGCGGAACGCGGAAGCAGACGUGUCGGUUGAAGACGACGAGGCUGCAGUCUGUGCUGAACCUGUAGCAGCUGCAGAGGUGACAGAUACCAUCCUGGAGGCUCUGGAGGAAGAAGCUGAAGCUGUUGUCACUGAAGCCAGAGAGGAGGUUGCAGAAUCUCUGGUGGAUGUUGUCUCUGAUUCAACACCAGGAGUUGAAGCUGUGAUCACACCUGCUGUCAUCCAGCAGGUAGAAACUUUGAUACUUCAUUACAGGAACUAA